AGUACAAGUAUAAAUUGGGCCUGCUUCUUUCCGAAUGCCAAACGGAGGGCACGAAAAUGGCAGAUCAGAUCAGUGGGAGCAAUGGAAACCAUGGAGUUGUCUUGGAAAUGGAAGACACUUCCAACACCAAGGAAGAGAUUAAGAGCACUUUCUUCUCUUUUCCCUUCAUUCAAAAGUUGAUUGCGGAGGUCUUCGGGACCUACUUCUUGAUAUUCGCGGGUUGCGGAUCGGUGGCGGUGAACUUGGACUACGACAAGGUGGUGACGCUGCUGGGGAUAUCGAUAGUGUGGGGUUUGGCGGUGAUGGUGUUGGUGUACUCGGUCGGACACAUCUCCGGCGCCCAUUUCAACCCGGCUGUCACCAUUGCUUUCGCCACCUGCAAGAGGUUUCCAUGGAAACAGGUACCUCCAUAUAUAUUGGCACAAGUUGUGGGAUCGACGUUGGCGAACGGGACACUGCGGUUGCUAUUCACUAGGGAGCCGAACCAUUUCCUAGGGACUCAACCGGCCGGUUCGGACAUGCAAUGUUUUGUCUUUGAGUUCAUCAUCACUUUUUACCUCAUGUUCAUCAUCUCGGGCGUUGCCACGGACAAUAGAGCAAUAGGGGAGCUCGCUGGCCUUGCUGUUGGUGCUACAGUCUUGCUGAACGUGAUGUUCGCAGGGCCAGUAACGGGAGCGUCAAUGAAUCCAGCAAGGAGCUUGGGUCCGGCGAUAGUGUUUCACCAUUACGAUAAGCUGUGGAUCUACAUCGUGGCACCGACAGUCGGGGCAAUUUCUGGGGCGUGGAUCUACAACUUGAUCCGGUUCACUGACAAGUCCAUCCGAGAGAUCACCAAGUGUGGUUCCUUCCUCCGGAGCUCCACCCGGAACAGCUCUUCUUGAGUCAAUCUCGUUCGUCUCUCUCCCUCUCUGUUCGGUCAAACUUGCUCUUCUUCUUUUUGUUUUCUUUCCCUUUUCCCCUUUUGGUUUUUGCUCAUGAUGUGUGCAUCAUAGCGAAAAGGGUUAGUUUUCAUACUUCGAUUGAUGGGUUAUUCCCUUCUGUCUGAUGUUGAAAUGUUAGUAUGUGUUUGUAUUUAGGAAGUUAUUUUCCUAAUGAC